AUGACGUCCAGAGUUCCAGCCAUUGUCCUGGAUCGCCUUAGCGAUCGCGCCAAGGAGGCGCUGGACGCCGUCGCGAAGUUUGUCGAGGAGGAAUGCAUUCCUGCCGACCCCGUACUAGAAGCUCAGAUCGGCCAGGGCGACGCGAGAUGGGACCACCACCCGCCCAUCGUCGACGACCUCAAGGUCAAGGCCAAGAAGCUCGGCCUGUGGAACAUGUUCCUGCCCAAGGGCCACUACAAGGAGUCUCCCGGCUUCACGAACCUCGAGUAUGGUCUGAUGGCUGAAUGGCUCGGCAAGUCGAGGGUCGCCUCCGAGGCUGUCAACUGCGCGGCGCCGGAUACCGGCAACAUGGAGGUGCUGGCCAAGUACGGCAACGAGGAACAGAAGAAGAAGUGGCUGAAGCCCCUGAUGGACGGCGAGAUUCGCUCUGCGUUCUUGAUGACGGAGCCUGAUGUCGCGUCGUCGGAUGCUACCAACAUCCAGCUUAGCAUGCGUAAGGAGGGCAACGAAUACGUCCUCAACGGCUCGAAAUGGUGGUCUAGCGGUGCCGGCGACCCUAGAUGCUCAAUCUACAUCGUCAUGGGCAAGAGCGAUCCCAACAACAAGGACACCUACAAGCAACAGUCCGUUAUUUUGGUCCCUGCGGAAACCAAGGGCAUUACCAUCCACCGCAUGCUGAACGUCUACGGCUACGAUGACGCCCCUCACGGCCAUGGCCACAUUAGCUUCAAGGAUGUUCGCGUGCCCGCUAGCAACCUCGUCCUCGGCGAGGGUCGCGGCUUUGAGAUUAUCCAGGGCAGACUUGGACCCGGCCGUAUUCACCAUGCUAUGCGCACCAUUGGAGCCGCCGAGCGCGCCCUCGAAUGGAUGCUGAUGCGCAUCAACGACCCGACCAAGACCCCCUUCGGCAAGCAGCUCAGGGAACACGGCGUCAUUCUGGAGUGGGUAGCCAAGUCGCGCAUCGAAAUCGACGCCGCGCGCCUGGUUGUCCUCAACGCAGCCAUUAAGAUGGACGACCACGGCCCGAAGAAGGCCCUCAAGGAAAUUGCCGAAGCCAAGGUCCUCGUCCCGCAGACGGCACUGACGGUCAUCGACCGUGCCAUCCAGGCCUUCGGUGCGGCCGGCGUCUGCCAGGACACGCCCCUCGCCGGCUCCUGGGCCAACAUCAGGACGCUCCGUCUCGCUGACGGUCCCGACGAGGUGCAUCUCCAGCAGAUGGGCCGCAACGAGAACAAGCGGGGCAAGGAGGUCACGGAAAAGAUCCAGUGGCAGAAGCAGAAGUCUGACCAAUUGCUGGCGCAAUACAAGACCCAGAGGUUCCAGCCCGGAGCCAACAUCAACCGCUCCAAGUUGUAA